CAGUUUGUGUGGAUCAGUCGCUUUGUCUGAGUGUUGAGAACACUUCCAAUCAUCAGAGACAAAUCAAGAUUCCGGUUGGUGGAUUUUCUUCUUCUUUUUAAAUCAAUUUCUCUCUGCGGAAUUCGUUUAUAGUUUCGAAGAAUCCUGUUUCGAAUAUCCAUUAAUUUUAUCCACAGAAUUCGGGAGGAGCAAUGCUCUGAUUCACAGUUUCAAUCUUCUCGUUUCAUUUCCUUUGUUUUCUCUUCUUUUUCUCUGAUUUUGGUUUUCGGGGAGAGGUUUCGGAUGGGUCUCUGCAGCUCCAAGCCCUCCCCAAGCUCCGAUCUGUUCUCCGACAAGUCCGGUUCAAAAACCCCCAAUGGAAUCCCGAAUUCGGCUCAGCGGAGCUCUGUUUCCGCCAAGGAUGGCGCCUCGCCGCUGCCUCCGACCGCCGAUUAUGGCAGAGAUGGGCAGAAGACGGGGACUAGGAGGAACGACGGCCACGAGAUGGAGAAUGUGAAGAAAUCGCCGUUUUUCCCCUUUUACAGUCCCAGCCCUGCUCACUACCUCUUCUCGAAGAAGUCUCCUGCGAGAUCUCCGGCGAAUGCCAGCGCCAAUUCCACGCCGAAGCGAUUCUUUAGGAAGCCGUUUCCGCCCCCGUCGCCGGCCAAGCAUAUACGCGCGGUCCUGGCGCGGCGGCACGGCUCGGUGAAGCCGAACGAGGCGCCGAUUCCGGAGGGUAGCGAGGCGGAGGGGAUUGCUGGCCUGGAUAAGAAUUUUGGGUUCUCCAAGCACCUUGCGAGCAAAUACGAGCUCGGGGAAGAGGUUGGGAGGGGACAUUUUGGCUACACUUGCUCUGCCAGGUUUAAGAAGGGUGAACUUAAGGGCCAACAAGUAGCCGUAAAAAUCAUUCCCAAAUCCAAGAUGACUACUGCCAUUGCCAUCGAGGACGUCAGAAGGGAAGUGAAGAUACUAAAAUCUUUGAGUGGUCACAACAAUCUUGUAAAUUUCUAUGAUGCAUAUGAGGAUCGUGACAAUGUCUAUAUAGUAAUGGAGUUGUGUGAAGGAGGAGAGCUCUUAGACAGAAUACUAUCAAGGGGUGGUAAAUAUACAGAGGAGGAUGCAAGGGCUGUAAUGACCCAAAUAUUAUAUGUUGUAGCAUUUUGCCACCUUCAAGGUGUGGUCCACCGGGAUCUCAAACCUGAGAAUUUUCUUUUCACUUCAAAGGACGAAGAUUCGCAGUUGAAGGCCAUAGAUUUCGGAUUGUCAGAUUUUGUGAAACCAGAUGAAAGGCUCAACGACAUCGUCGGUAGUGCUUACUAUGUAGCUCCCGAAGUGCUGCAUAGAUCAUACAGUACCGAGGCAGAUGUCUGGAGUAUAGGUGUAAUUGCAUAUAUUCUUUUAUGUGGGAGUCGUCCGUUCUGGGCUCGAACGGAGUCGGGUAUCUUUAAAGCUGUCCUAAAAGCUGAUCCAAUCUUUGAUGAGCCACCAUGGCCUUCUCUGUCUUCUGAGGCAAAAGAGUUCGUUAGGUGCCUACUGGUUAAAGACCCACGAAGAAGGAUGUCUGCAGCUCAGGCACUGAGUCAUCCAUGGAUUAAAAACUCUAUAGACGUAAAAGCUCCUCUUGAUAUACUAAUAUUUAAACUCAUGAAGACUUACAUGCGGUCGUCAUCGCUUCGAAAAGCUGCUUUAAGGGCUGUGUCGAAAACGCUAACAAUAGAUGAGCUAUUCUAUUUGAAGACGCAGUUUUUGCUCUUGGAACCGAGCAGAAAUGGCACCAUAAGCAUAGAAAACAUUAAAGAGGCUUUGGUGAGAAACGUAACAAAUGCUAUGAAGGAAUCAAGGAUCCCUGAUUUAUUGACAUCGCUUAAUGCAUUGCAAUAUAGGAGAAUGGAUUUCGAGGAGUUUUGUGCUGCUACGCUAAGUAUUCAUCAACUUGAGGCUCUUGAUAGGUGGGAGCAACAUGCGCGUUGUGCGUAUGAUCUAUUUGAGAAGGAUGGAAACAGAGCUAUCGUUAUAGAGGAAUUGGCUUCGGAACUUGGCCUCGGCCCUUCUGUGCCUGUUCAUGCCGUUCUCCAUGACUGGAUCAGACAUACCGACGGAAAAUUGAGCUUCCUCGGGUUUGUCAAACUGUUACACGGACCUUCGAGUCGAACUCUAGCGAAACCAUCAUAAGGUUUAUAACAAAAAUGUUGAAGAUUCAUUAGAAGUAUUGGUUGCGAUCCUGGUUCCAUCAGCUACAAUGUGCUGCAUCCGCCAGUCUUGUGGUUUAUGAUUUAGGGUAAUAUUUUUUCCCUCUCGAGUGCGAUGAUUGAAUCGAGUGGCUGAGUCAAGAAAUACGUUGAUUUCCAUUUGGCCCGAGCUUGUGAAUACUCACGACAGGGAUGAUGAUCUGACCUCAUUGGUAAGUGAAGAAGUGAAAUGUGGGUGUUGGAGUUGGAGUUUUCUCAGUGUAUUUGUAUAGGUUUUGAGUCAAAAGUGUGUGUUCAGUUGCAAGUGAAGAUAUAAUCCUCCAAGGUUUUUAGAGGAUGGCACUUGCAUUUGGAUUGUAAUCGUGAGGUUUUCUUCUUCUUUUCCACUCAAUAUUAUGAAUAGUGUCUUGGCCUAUUAAAAUGGAUGCUUUCUUUCUUCAUAGCUAUUUAGUUCUGA